UGAUCUCGAAUAAUAGAGAACGAGGAAUGAUAUUUAACUCGGGUUUAUUCAAAACCACUCCACACAGAUCAGGUAUUUAACUACAAUGACGUUAAAGCUUUGUUUAAAUUUUGAGGGUCCUCUGCAGCACGUCUACACUAUGAGAAAAUGAAGAAAAAUAUCAAAUGACAUUUUAAAAUAUUAUCUAUCCGCACAACUUCUCCAAAGAAUGUCUAUCAAACUCAUCAACAGGGACAGAAUUAAGUGUCCAAACCGACAACAAACAACUUACGGGAAAUUAAAUCCAGAUUAUUACAUCUCUUCGAAAUAGGCAUAGCUGAUAAACCAAUCAGUUUUAUACCAACCAAAUUAUAAAGUGAAAAAAGAAAGAAUGGCAAACACUGUUUAGACAAUAAACUGCCCUUACUGCAAGAAACAUUAAAUCGAACGAAGUGGCUGCGCUCUUCAGCUUCGUCUGCGUUAACACCAACUAGCGAUGUAUUUCGCUUAUAUCAUUGGUGGUAGACAAUUGUGAAGACACGCUCAACUGGGAAAAUGAUGAGAUCUGGAAGAGAGGAACUACCAAGAUAACUAGAUAAUUUCUAGAAACUUGGCAUUCAUUUCAAUCAAUAAACAUAUCAAAAUCGAUCCAAUUUAUUAAUCAUUUAGAGGAAUCAAUCAAAAAAUCAAGAUUCAGGUCAGUGAAAGACAAUCAAGAUAAAUAUUCAAGCGAUGACAAAAUAGAGGUCAACAGCAUUUUAUCAAGCUCAACAUAACAAGCUGCUGGUCAUAGGUAGAUAAAUCCAUGUACCUCACUCCCAUCUGAAGUUUGUUCUGAUGAUGUCUUCUGGAAAAUAAUGAGUUUCACAUUUGAAACCUCCUAGCUCAGUGAACAUAACUCAAUCAAAAUCCCAAUAAUUCUCCAACUGUUUGCAAUUGAAUCAGUUUGUCGUUUAGGGUUAAGCUACCAUUCUUGGUCGGAUUGCUAUAUUUGUUUUAUUUACUCAAGUCACUUACAAGACACAGUGAAUAGAUUCUAACGUAUUGGGAACUAUUCAUAGUUAAUAGAAAUAAAUAUUCCUCGACGGAAUGAUUUCAACAUGAAUAAUAUAGGCCUUCGGAUUGGAUAUAAUGUUGUCUUAGUUUCCUAUUUAAAGCAAAAAGCAGAAAUAAGCAUAGAAAACUAGUCAGUUUUAACUCAUGUCAUGCAUGACCUUAGUAUUCCAUAAAUCAUGCAUUAAUGUUAAAUAGAAUUUAAUCGGUUUUUAGAUGACUAAACUGACAAAUGUAUUGAACACUCCAGAAGUGAUAAACUGAUACUUACUCACUUACUUAUGCCUGUUAUUUCUCGUGGAGGAGCGUAGGCCGCCCACCAGCAUUCUCCAUCUAACCCUGUCCUGGGCAAUCCUUUCCAGCUCUUUCCGGUUGUAAUUCAUCCUUUUCAUAUCUGCUUCUAUUUUCCAUAGUAAUAAACUGAUGAAUUUCGUUGAAUUUUGAAACAAUUAUCAUCAACGAUGAAUUCCAGUCACAAAUAAAACUACAUAAAGGGAUAAGUAUUUAGGUUUAUUAUAGAUUGCUUCACUCAAAUGUAUACAUAGUUAGUCUCAGAAUUGUUGUAACGGGUGUGGACUGACUGCAGGUUUAGAUACGCAGCGUUUAUUAUCGAUCGCUUCUGUGACAGUGGGCACGCAAACAUGUAAGGACGACCUAGUGCCCUGAUUGGCCCUGCCUCGCUGUCUGUCCCAGCCAGUUGAGUCAAGAACACAAGUCACAGCCUCGGAGUUAUGAAUCAUUAUAUUUCAAACAUACUUUGUUUAUAUACCAACCAAGCAUACCACAUCGUACCAUAAAAUAGGAAACAACAUUUACAAAAUAUUUAACAAGUGAAAUAAACAUCGACCAAUAAGAAAUGUACAUUUAAGGUUCAAGGACACCAUUGGACUUAACAUGAUAAUUAUUGGUCUCUUUUUCCGACUAUCCUAACAAGAAUUCAAUUCUUAUCUUCAUUUAGAAUUCUUUUUUAUCAAUCAGAUUAUGGCUUAAAAUAAUCAUUAUAUUGUGUUGAAUUUACUGUCAUAUUUGAAUUCCUACUGUAAGACACGACAAGUAUCAAUAACUUUAUUCUACUAGUUAAGUUAAGUGAGUUCUAUCCAGAAACUAUGGAAACUAUAGUAUUUAACCAGCUGUAACGUUCGCAAACCAGUUAUAAUGGUCUGACUCUACCGCAUCUGUGACAAUACGAGCAAGAAAAUUGCAAGAAUAUUGAGGUGUAGUUUGCUAUACAAAUUACAUUGUCUGGUAUUUGAUGGCAUUCCUGAAACUGAUAAGGUUUAUAUCCUUGAGACCGCCGGUUUUUCUGACAAAUACUAGAGUUAUGUAAUUUGAUUAGCAAGAUAUUGAAUUGUGUACGCGAAUCGCUGAAGCAGCCGUUAUUAAAACUAGGGGUGAUACAAAAGUUUUUAGCAGUGUGUAAAUGAAAAAACAAGAUUUAGAUAGAUUUUUCGCAAGUUUUAGAGUGCUUAUACGAGCAAAAAAAAGCAAUCACGAGGAUAUGCUUUACAGAUUGACUGUUUAGCAAUAGAUCGAAUUUUUAUUAUUAAAAACACGAAAUGAGCUGUUCUAUAUCUACCGAGGCAGAGUAUAUGGAAGUAAUCGGUAACAGCUUCUAAGUAAGUUGAAGAUGGUGGAGUUUUCAGGAAGCAUAAGAUUUCUGAACAAGUUGUAUACUUCUUUAUUCGUUUCAGUAGUGAAACAGGAAAAGAUUUUAUCUGAAUUGCUUGAUCAACAUUAUUUAUCAAUCCAUUGUAAACAGCCUGUGGAAAUACACAGAAAGGCGACUGUUCAUGGUUUUGUUAAAAUGAUCAGUGUUCAAGAUCUGAUACUGAUACACAACAUCCUACGCAUUAGCCACUCAAACUGACUAUUUGGGUGAGAAGACAAGACUGGAAUAGAAAGUUUGUUGAGCUACCGAACAUUAUCCAUGUGGAGGAUCCCAAAAACAUGAAAAAUAUUGUUCAGAAUAAUGUCAAUAUUAAUGCAUAAUGAAGAUAAUCGAUUUCAUUUAUUCACUCUUAAUUGUUUCAGGUGGAUUAGCAGCUGUUCUAUAUACAGAUACACUACAAUUUUUCGUGAUGAUAAUUGGUGCUUUAAUAUUAGCGAUAAUAAGCUACAUAAAUGUUGGAGGCUUUAGUGGUGUCCUUUCUUCUUAUGGUCAUGCUAUAGCCCCGAUAAAUAUCUCAUCAAGUACAGAUUCAGACAUAAUAAUCAGUUUGGGGAAUGUUCUUAACACAACAAAUUAUACUUCACUAACUCAAUUGGCAAGUUCACCAGAUGUCCCUUCUAGUUUGAGAUGUAGUCUACCACCUGAAAAUGCAUUUGUAUUAUUACGUGGAAUUGAGGAUCCUGAUAUGCCAUGGCUUGGGUUUUUACUUGGUCAAACACCCGCAUCUAUAUGGUAUUGGUGUACUGAUCAGAUGAUGGUACAACGUGUUUUAGCUGCAAAAAGUUUAUCACAUGCUCAAGGUGCCACAUUAAUGGCCGGUCUUAUUAAACAGUUACCUUUAUUUUUAAUUGUAAUACCUGGAAUGAUAAGUCGAAUAUUGUUUCCAGAUGUGAUUGGUUGUAAACCUGGACCAGAUUGUUAUCGAAUAUGCGGACAAAAAAGUGGAUGUUCAAAUUUAGCCUAUCCGAAACUUGUAAUUAAUAUUAUGCCAUCAGGUCUUAGAGGUCUUAUGUUGGCCGUGAUGCUAGCUGCAUUAAUUUCUGAUCUAACUUCGAUUUUCAAUUCUGCUAGUACGUUGUUUACAGUUGACGUUUAUUUGAAAAUUAGGAAAAAAGCAAAGAAUAUGGAGAUAAUGGUUGUUAGUCGAAUAUUUAUAAUUAUAUUAAUAUUAUUGAGUAUUGCAUGGAUUCCUGUCAUUCAAGAAUUACAAGGCAGUCAAUUAUUUAUUUAUAUUCAAGCUAUUUCAGCUUAUCUUGCUCCACCUGUAGCUUCAGUUUACUUAUGCGCUGUUUUAAUUAAACGAACUACAGAAAAGGGAGCAUUUUAUGGAUUAAUGUAUGGUUUAAUUAUUGGUUUAAUACGAUUAAUAUUAACUAUUAUAUAUCAUGAACCAAUAUGUGGUGAAUAUGAUCAUAGACCAUGGUUUAUUAAAAAUAUACAUUAUAUGUAUUUUGCAUUAUUUUCAUUUAUCACAUGUGGUAUUAUUGUAUGUUUAUUAUCAUUAAAUGAAAAACAAUUAACUAAUGAACAAUUACAACAUUUAACUUAUUGGACUGCAUGGGAUAAAUCCAUUAAUCAUUCAUUAUAUAAUAAUAGAACAUUACAUAAUCAUAUUUCAUCUAAUGAAAUGAUUCGUAAUAAUAUAGAGAAUGUGAUGAAUGAGAAUGAUGUUAAUAUGAUGAUUAACAAUAUUCAUUAUCAUCAAUAUGAAAAUAAUAAUGAAAUAAUUAAUAAAAGAGAAAUAUCAUCAACUUCUGAAUGUCAACAACAACAGCAAAAAGAAUUUGUAAAUAAUCAAACUAUGGAAGAUCAUGAUUUACCAGAUAAAAAAACACCUCAAACUUCAUCAUCAUCAUCAUCAGAUUGGUAUAAAAUUAUGAAAAAUAUAUGUUUAUGGUUCUGCGGUUGUGCUGAUCAUCCAUGUUCUAAUAUAGAAUGUAAUCAUUGUUGUUGUUUAAAAUUAUGUCAUAAUUUCACUACUCAUAUACAUCCAAAUCAUAAGAAAAUUUAUGUCAUCACAUCAAGUGAUCUUAAUAUAGCUGAUAAUGAGAAAAAAUUGGGCAACUUAGUAUUGGAAGAUGAUAAUAAUUUCGAUUCAGAAGAACAUUAUGCAAAGAUUACUUCAUUAAAACAAGAUCCAAAUGUAAAAUUAGGUUUGUAUAUUGGUUUAUUAUUCAUUAUUAUUUUAUCUAUAUUUGGUUUUAUAUUUUUUUCUAUUUAUUUUGGUUCUAUAUCAGUUGGUCCAUUACCUAUUUCUAUUGAUAAGAUGAUGAUAAAUGAUACAAUAAAAAAUGCUAUAAAAUCAUUAGAACAUUAUGGAAUAAUUACAAUACAAUGAAGAGAUCUUCUUUUGUUUUCAUUCUUUUAUGAGUACGAAUACUAUUGAAUAGUAUAGUUUAUUAAUAAAAUGUUCGCAGCAAAUUUGAAAUUGAUUAUAGAAAUGUUGUAUCCUUUCUUUUUGCCAUAUUAUACAUAUAUAUAUAUAUAUACAUAUACAUAGAUAUACUUUCGUUUUCUUGCAAUAAACAGAUGGGUACCAAACAAGUUACUUU